GGGACCUUCUUCAGAGGCAGUGGUGCCAGCAGCCAGGGAGGCCAGGACUGCGCUCAGGCCGGGGGCGGGGAGCUGGGGCUGGGCCCGGGGCGGCGGGGCGGGAGCCUCGGUUCUCCAGCUCUCCCAGCAGCCUCUGCCCCCAGGACUCCCGAGGCCCCACUCUGCGCCUCUCUUCGCACUGCGCGCCCACCGAGCCCUCCCGCUCCCGGGCCCAUGUACUGGAAGCAUGAGAGCGCCGCCCCGGCGCUGCCCGAGGGCUGCCGGCUGCCGGCGGAGGGCGGCCCCACCACCGACCAGGUGAUGGCCCAGCCAGGGUCCGGCUGCAAAGCGACCACCCGCUGUCUUGAAGGGACCGCUCCGCCUGCCAUGGCUCAGUCAGACUCAGAGGCCUUGGCAGGCGCUCUGGACAAGGACGAAGGUAGAGCCUCCCCAUGUACGCCCAGCACACCGUCUGUCUGCUCGCCGCCCUCUGCCGCCUCUUCCGUGCCGUCUGCCGGCAAGAAUAUCUGUUCCAGUUGCGGUCUGGAGAUCCUGGACCGGUAUCUGCUCAAGGUCAACAACCUCAUCUGGCACGUGCGGUGCCUCGAGUGCUCCGUGUGUCGCACAUCGCUGAGGCAGCAGAAUAGCUGCUACAUCAAGAACAAGGAGAUCUACUGCAAGAUGGACUACUUCAGCCGAUUUGGAACUAAGUGCGCCCGCUGCGGCAGACAAAUCUACGCCAGUGACUGGGUGCGACGCGCGCGCGGCAAUGCCUACCACCUGGCAUGCUUCGCCUGCUUUUCCUGCAAGCGCCAGCUAUCCACCGGUGAGGAAUUCGGCCUCGUUGAGGAGAAGGUGCUUUGCCGCAUCCAUUACGACACCAUGAUCGAGAACCUCAAGAGGGCCGCCGAGAACGGGAACGGUCUCACGUUGGAGGGGGCAGUGCCCUCGGAACAGGACAGUCAGCCCAAGCCAGCCAAGCGCGCGCGGACGUCCUUCACGGCAGAGCAAUUGCAGGUUAUGCAGGCGCAGUUCGCGCAGGACAACAACCCGGACGCGCAGACGCUGCAGAAGCUAGCGGACAUGACGGGCCUCAGUCGCAGGGUCAUCCAGGUGUGGUUUCAAAACUGCCGAGCGCGUCAUAAAAAGCAUACACCGCAGCACCCAGUGCCGCCCUCUGGGGCACCCCCGACCCGCCUCCCUUCCGCCCUGUCCGACGACAUCCACUACUCUCCGUUCAGCAGCCCAGAGAGGGCGCGCAUGGUCACCUUGCACGGCUACAUCGAGAGUCAGGUACAGUGCGGGCAGGUGCACUGCCGACUGCCUUACACCGCGCCCCCUGUCCACCUCAAAGCUGAUAUGGAUGGCCCGCUCUCCAGCCGGGGUGAGAAGGUCAUCCUUUUUCAGUACUAACGCUGCCGGCGCUUGCACAUCUGUCCAUGGGCACCACACAGCUGCCCCUCAGCCGCUGAGAUCCAGCAUCCAGCUGUGGCCAGGGAUCCACCACCUCUGUGUACACCCUCACCCGCUGCUGUCCUGCCCUCUGCCAGUGGCCCCAUCAACCCAGGCCUGGUCUUUCCCUCUCCUGCUGAGAACCAGAACCCACCAGGAGCAGCAGAGUCCCUCUCUGGGAAGGCAGGCUCCCUGAAAUGUGGCAUCAGCAUGAAAACAAGCAACCUGUCUUUCCUCAUUAACUGGGAGUCGCGCUUACCUACCGUCAGCUGAUCACAGCAGCAAUGGCUAAUUCAGUCCGAGUCAACAACAGCCUCCUACUUCACAGGUUCUCUUCUCCCCCAUAUUGGCCUUUAUUUACUACUUCCUUGGAACCAUCUCCAAAUUCCGAAUAGCCAACAACCCCCAACAUUAUAUACUCUGCUGCUUUUGUCUGGAAAACUCUACAGUGUUUGUGGGAUGUCCCCAAAGGAAAGCUGUGUUCUAAUUUUAUCAUUUCCAUCUGUCUGGUUAUGUCAAGUUAACUCAGAAACAGAAGAGACACUGACCAACCCUGAGAGGCCCAACAGGGCAGAGAUGGAGGCCUGCCCAGAUGAAGAGGCAGAGGGAUGGAUGGGCAGGGAUGGGUGCCAAAGACCCCCCAUUGGCUUGGAGGAGAAGGAGUGGGUACGCUGGACUUGGAGAGGUGAUGAGAGUUUCAUGGAGAGAAAAGAGGAAACUUGAGGGGGGGGGAGUUUCCCCCACCCAAUUACCUAGCAGGAGUCAUGGAAAGGAUGGCGUCUGAUCUGCACGAUGACACCACUGAAUGUUUAGGUGGGCUAGCAUUAGCGACCCUUGUUGGCCACUUUUCAGUCCUGAGAUGAGGGCCUGAGCCAGUCUUCUCUAGGGGUGGGGCGAGACUACUCACGAGGACCAAGGAACAGAGCCCAGAGAAACAGCAGCCAGAAUAUUAGUUCUGAUUCAUCCCUGAGGGAAGAGAGGUACCCAUGGCCUCAGUGAGCACAUGCCAAGCCCAGGAUGCCAGCUGGCACCUCUGCAAUCUCCCCACCAACUGCACAGAGCCAGCUCCACCCACUCCUAAGAGCAGAGGCCAACUCUAAAGAAAGGUCUCAGGUUACACAGGCCCCCCAUUUAUGUUUUCAGGGGAUGCCCAUUUAUCCCAAGCUUAUCCUGUAAUUCUAGAACCACUUGGUGUCCUGAUGCACUUCUCGCCAGAGGCUGCCUAGCAGCAUGUGUUAGCCAAAGUCUUCCUCCUUGUUUUGAGAAGACUCCAGGACAGGAAAGGCAAAUUCAUGGUAUGUAUGCAAUUGCUGCUCCUGCUUCACCUGUGGCAGACAUCGCUAAUCGAUCACAGCACUCUAUCUCUCAGAGUCUGGAUAAGGUUUCAGAAUUCCCAUGCUUGAAGUUGGGACGAGACCAACUGUGCUGUUGCUAUGGGACUUGGAGGAGGGUUAGGCAUGGGUGACACCCCAGAAGGGAACUUUCAUCUUUUCCCUUCCAAAAAUUGUCAACUGACUGAGGACAAAGAGAAAGCACCUCCCAGAAAGCUGUGAGCGUGGUUUGGUUCAGAACUCCAGCACCCUGUGCCAGGCACUGACUCAAGCAAGAGGAACCUGGCCUGAUCCCUGACUUUGGGGAACCCAGAUCUUUCCUUUGAUUUUUGCUCCUAAUGAUCAAAACCCCAAUUGCAACCAUGUGGCAAGUGGCCAGCUGAGCCCAGGUUACUUGGUACCCACUCUGCCUUGAGCCUUCCUUCCCCCAGGGCCUAUUUCUUGUGUGGAUCACGUGGCAGUAGCAUGUUGCAGUCAGACGUCUCCACUACCCUGUUGAGAACAGCCUGGGAAUGUACAGGUCAUCGAGGCUAUUUAUUUAAACACACACACACACACACACACACACACACACACACACACACACAAAGGGGGGAACACACACAAAUGGAAAAAAUUGUAAGCACUUUUUUUGUAAAACCAAUGUCUGUUUUGUUACAUACCUUUCAUGUUGUGCUUUGUAAAUGUCUUAUUUGUGUAAUAAAUAAAGUUAAUGCGAGUAGAAGUGCCGGCACUUAAACCCA